UAUCCAUUUAAGUCACCAGAUGUCGCACUUACUUCAGAAACAACAGUGACUUUACAUUAGGAUCCCAGAAGUCUACCUUGACUAUAUCGCCAGAAUUAUUAUCAAAGCAUACGGAGACAAUUGUGAGAUAACUGUUAGGUUAGUCUUGAUUAACACCUAUGGUAUAAAUACAAACUGUAAAUGUAACAUGCAAAGAUAUACACAGCUUUAGAACAUUGCAUCCAGCGAUUUAAACAUACAGAGGAUUUUAUAGAAUAUAUUCGCCAUUAUCCUUUUUUUCUGGAAUCGCUAAAUUGAAGCCAGAGUCUGUGAGACUUAAAAGCGCACCUUUCAGGAAGAGAGUUAAACCAGGGAGGCGCGUGAUAGAGACGCGCGCGCGCUCACGCAUCGGUCACUUGUGUUGUGUCAAACACGUUCAAGUAUAGCAUUGCGCUUUUGCGAUUUCCCCAACAGGAACAGAAAUCAUAAACGGGAUUAUACUUAUUGAACUACUUGGGUUUCGUGGAAUAAGUGGCUUUAAACGUUUAAUCGACCUUACUACGUAUUGGUUUCCAUGUGAUGUUUCUGGCUUUAAGGAUGGCUUGCAUUCAGUGUAUACCCACUGCUCAAGAAACAUCUACUUUAUGUAGCAUAGGACCUUAAAAACAACUCAAAUACAAAUUAAAAGCUUAAUGUGCUAAAUGUUUUGACCAUAUUUGUUAAAAAAUGAUAAGGUAAACCAAAAGCCAAAUCCAAGGUUUCGUGAACGGAGAGAAUCAUGAUAUUGUGAAUCCAAAUUGUAACACUCUUCUGGGAGCUGGAGAGCCAUGGGCAAGGAGCAGGACCUUCUUCUGGCUGUGAAGAAUGGAGACCUUCCCUUGGCUCAUAAACUACUGGCCAAGAUCAAGACCAACCGAAAUAAGUUACUGGGCUCCACAAAGAGGCUGAAUGUGAACUACCAAGAUCAAGAUGGUUUUUCAGCUCUUCAUCAUGCGGCUCUCACUGGCACCACUGACCUCUUGUCUCUGCUGUUGGAAGCACAGGCCACUGUGGACAUUAAAGACAGUAAUGGAAUGCGUCCAUUGCACUAUGCUGCCUGGCAGGGGAAGGCUGAGACUGUACUUAUGCUUCUGAGAGCUGGAGCUUCUGUGAAUGGGGCUUCACAAGAUGGACAGAUCCCUCUCCACCUGGCUGCACAAUACGGACACUAUGAGGUGUCUGAAAUGCUACUACAACACCAGUCCAACCCCUGUACUGUCAACAAGGUGAAGAAGACCCCUCUGGACCUGGCCUGUGAGUUUGGCAGGCUUAAGGUGACCCAGCUGUUGUUAAACAGUAACAUGGUGGUAGCUCUCUUAGAAGGGAACGGCAGGGAUAACACCCCCCUGCAUCUUGCUGCCCGCAACGGCCAUAAGGACAUUAUCAGACUGCUGCUAAAAGCUGGGAUUGACAUAAACAGAACCACUAAAUCCGGAACGGCUCUGCACGAGGCUGCCCUCUACGGGAAAACAGAAGUAGUAAAAUUAUUGCUCGAUGCUGGGAUUGAUGUGAACAUCCGCAACACCUACAAUCAAACAGCCCUGGACAUUGUGAACCAGUUCACCACUUCACAUGCCAGCAAAGAAAUCAAACAACUCCUUAGAGACGCCAGUGGAGCAUUGCAGGUGAGAGCUUUAAAGGACUACUGGAAUCUCCAUGACCCCACUGCACUCAACAUCCGGGCAGGAGAUAUAAUCAUGGUCUUAGAACAGCACAUGGAUGGACGUUGGAAAGGUCACAUCCAUGACAGUCAGAGAGGCACUGACCGUGUAGGAUUCUUCCCGCCCUCCAUCGUAGAGGUCAUUAGCCGCAGAUCAGGGGGCGUUCUCUCCCGGCAGGCCUCACUGCCCAUCCAGAGACAUCACAUUCUGUCCCGUGCCCUGCCCUCACACAGUUCUCAUCACACCUCUCACACUGACGACUCCUACACCUUAUACUCAUCCACCCGUCCUGUACUGACUCACCACAACGGGCUGGAUCAGCACUCAGCAGGAGACAGGAACAGUGUGGGGAGCGCAGGCAGCAUGGGCAGCAGUCGCAGUGCUGGCAGUGGACAGAGCACUGAGGGAAACUUUCCACACAAUGGCCCCCAUCAGUCACCUUCUGCUGUCCAGGACACCUCCAAGCUGCCUCCCUCUGCUGGAGAACUGGUGGAACAGUGCAGUCAGGCCCAUGACCCUGCAAAACAGACGGACCCUCAUUCAGGUGCUCUUGGACGGAGGAUUCCACUGAGCAGCUCCAGACCUGGAGAACAUGUCAUCCAUCCACAGCAACUUCUGGAUGGCAAGGAUGCUGAGGCUAUUUACCAGUGGCUCUGUAAGUUUCAGCUUGAGCAGUACACAUCGAAUUUCCUCACUGCUGGUUAUGAUGUGCCCACAAUCAGCAGAAUGACCCCUGAGGAUCUCACUGCUAUUGGCGUUACAAAGCCUGGCCAUCGCAAGAAGAUCUCAAUGGAGAUCAGCAACUUGAAUAUCCCAGAGUGGUUGCCGGAUUACAUUCCAUCUGAUAUUGGGAAAUGGCUCAGUGCUAUUGGGCUGCCACAGUACCAGAAAAAGCUAGCAGAGAAUGGAUAUGACUCCAUUAGCAUAGUGCAGGAUAUCACGUGGGAGGAUCUACAGGAAAUUGGCAUCAUUAAGCUGGGCCAUCAGAAGAAGCUGAUGCUUGCUGUUAAGAAGCUCAGUGACGUACAGAAGGCUCGUAAGAACCAGGCCGAGGGGCAGGCAAUGCUACAGCACAGGAGAGCUCCCCCCGCCCUCGAGCUGGUGGCCAUCGAGCACCACGACAGCUCCGACUGCCCAUCGUCCCCUCUAUCACCAAAGAUGCUCACCUUCCAGGACAGCGAGCUGAGUGUUGAGCUACAAAAUGCCAUGGCUCGAAGCGGAUACAGUGGAGGCCAAGAUGGUCUUAGCAAUGUGAGUGGAACAGCCAUGCGUCUUAGUCAAGAAAGCAUUGGUACAAGGUCAGGAGGGUCAGGACGGUCACAAGAACGCCCAAUGGCAUCGGUAACCCCCCAUAGCCGCUCACAAGAAAGUCUGGGCAGUAUAGAGAGCAGUCCCAGCAAGGAACAAUAUGCCGUUAUGGAAUCUCAGGAUAGAAGCCAAAUAUCACCAGUCAAAAUGGCGCCAGUGUUGCCGCUACAACCUAAUCACCCCUUAUCUGGCAGUCCAGCAAGGACGCCGCCCAUAAUCACUAGUAAAAUAGCACGCUUUGCAUACCCACCCGUCCUCACCAAACCCAGACCGGUGGUUUCUCCCUCUCAGCCCCAUCAUGUAUCACCUCUUCAGAGGGGCUUCAGCUACCUGCAACAACAAAACUGCAACGCCAACAUGAGAAGCCCAGGUCCAGUCAGACCCCAGCAGCCAAACGGAGACACAUCCAGGUCCAAAAAGCGAACUCAAAGUCUUUCACGCUAUGCUAUGUCGGAUGGAGAGAAUGAUGAAGAUGACAUCUCAGCCCCUACGACAGCUUCCGCCAAUGUGGCAUCUUAUGCCACGCUUACUCGCAAACCCGGCCGCAGCCAACUGUCUUACGGCUCCAGUGAGCGUCAAGUGGGCCGCAGUCAUUCCUUCGCCAUACGUGCCAAAAGGAAAGGUCCUCCUCCUCCCCCUCCAAAGCGACUAAGCUCUGCCCAAAGUGGGGUAACUGCAAGCGGGGUUGAAACAGAGAGUGCAGGAAGUGUCCGAAGCAUUGCAGCCAGGCUGGAGAACAAUACAGGUAGCCCCAAUAAGACAUGCAACAGCCCCGUUCUUAAAGCCAUGUCGCCAGCCACCCCACCAAAAAAUAUGGGGAACCGUAGGAGGACCACUAGUGAAUCUUCAAUGUAUGAAACGAAGCAUGGUGGAGAAAAUCCUGCAGAUGAAAACACUGGCCCACAGAGGAACCAACAAUGUGCAGGUUCAACAUCCUCUCAGGAGAGUAUACCUUUCGCUGAAGAGGGCAAAGUUACCAUCAAACAAAGGACCAAAAUAGCACCUGCUAAGAUAGAGUCUGAGGCCGGUGUUGAAAUUCUGAAGUCGGCACAAUCUAUCAAAUCCUCCCUAGAGGUGCCUGAGUUUAACUUAAAGGAAUCAGACACGGUCAAAAGGAGACACAAGCCAAAAGAACUGCAGAUGAAAGGUCAGGGCACCAGCACGCAAAUAGGAAAUGAGAGGGCCACAGAGACCGAGAUGGUCUCGCAACGCAUGCAGAAUGGUGGAUUGACACAAAAUCCUUAUAAAUCGGUCCUCUCUCCGAAACCAGGCUCUCUACAUAAACCUCCCACCCCUUCUAAGCCCACACGCCAUUCUGCUGCAGCAACCUCAGGAGUGACAGUCAAUGUCAUACAGAACGUGGCCUUUGCCAUUUCACCUCCCUGCAGUCCUCUAGCUCACUGUCCUCCAAACAAAGCACCUCAAAGUCAGGCUGCGCUGGCAGGAAAGCCACAGGCUGUGACCGAAGGCCAGGAUGUUUUGGUCCACAAACGACUUGAGCAAACUAGCACGUCUCUCGAGGCAGCACUUAAAGUUGUGGAGAGGAAGUUGGCUCAGGAAAAUCCAGCAGAAAGGGGAAUUAACACAGUGAAGUCAGCUGGGAACAUUCUUGAUGAUAUAGGGAACAUGUUCGAUGAUCUUGCUGACCAGCUGGAAGCCAUGUUGGAUUGACCUACUGUAAUUCCUAUAACCUUUGCGUGGGGCCUUCACAUGCGAGCUUCUGGAUGUUGUAGACAUGCAACUUCUCACACUUUGUUUACAACACACUUUGGUGGUCCUGCUUAUAAGUAUUGGUUUUAACAGUUGAAUUCGAUUAGCUAAUUUAAGAUACUAGUUGCAAUGAACUACGGUGCAUCUGUUGGGUAGAUCGUGCCUCAAAUUUCCACGAAAGAUCCACUUGAGAACUUUGACAUCUCUCUUACCAAACUGUUGCUUUCUGCAUCUUUGGUUUGCUCGGACAGGAUAUCUGCAGUGAAGAUUGCAGAAUGUAAGCACUUACUGUUCAGAUCUACUGUAUUAAAGUUCUUCCAACAGAGACACUUUAAUUUCCUGUUGUGCUCCGAUCAAGACUCACAGUUGGCCUCUAGCAAAUGGAUAUACGAUGUAAAAUCUAAGUGAGAUACAACCUGAACUCUGUUUCAAACGCUCUGAGAUUUAUCACUCUUCAAUUUUGUUUUCUGUCGACUGGAGGAUCCUUUUAUUCGGUUCAAAAGUAAGCAAUUAUACAACUGAUCAAAACAUAACCAAGAAAACUGCUCAGCAGACAUCAUCGUUGUGUAAUGACCCAAACCUCAUGGACCAAGUAUGUUUGACUAUAAUGAAACUUUAUGUCCUGCCAACAGAUUCAUUGUUGUACAGUAUAUUUGUAGUUGCACUCUACAUGUAUGUUUCAACCUUUGCAUAACAAUUCAACUAGAUCUUAAAAUGUUAAGAACAUGACUUUUCUUAACAUAUUAAUAGAGCAAUAGUAUAUUUUAACAACCCUCGUGUUUUGGGAGAGAGAAAACAUUGUUUGGAUUACAUCUAUUAUAUAUUUUUGUACCAGAAUGAUAAUUUAUUUGUUUUGUCAGAUUAAAAAGGGACAGUCCCUCUUUGUGAAUGCUGUCACUCUGGUUAAAAAAAAAAAAAGAAACCGUUGCAAAGCACUACAUUUUUUUUUUUUUUUUUUUUUUUUUGGCUUGGCUUGGCUUGGCUGACCAAAAGGGAACUUGCAUUUUAAUAAACUGGGGCCCAUGUGGUUUAAACAUCACCAUACUAUAGGACAAGAAGUGUUCAAAUGGAGCUUUAAAGUCUUGAAUGGCUAUUCACUUUUUUUGACUCUUGUGCACUUUUACCACAUUUAUGUAGUGUAUGCACUAUGUAUCUUUUAUUGUAUGAAUUUAUUUCUGCAUGUACUGUACACUGGUAAGACAACCAGUACUUGACUGAAAGAGACUUUCUCUAACUGUUUGAUGUAAACUGCAUUGUUCAAAAGAAUCGUAUAUGUAAUAACUGCGAGAAGACCAGACCAUUCUGUUCUUGCAUGCUUUUUUUCGAAGUAACAAUCUGAAACUAUAGAUUUUGUAUUAUGUGGCGUAAUUAUAUUUUAAAGGACUCUAUGAAAACAGCACUGCUGGUGCUACAGUAUCAUUUAAAUGAGCACUGUGUACUUUAUAUCCUAAGUUCAUUCCUUUCUGCAGUGCUUUGUGUGGCAUUGCUCUGUCAAAAAACUAGACACAUGGUUCGUUGCUUUGCCCGAGUGGGGCCACGAGUACCAUACAGUAAGUAUAAAUAAGCCUCUAAUUCAUCCAUUUGAACUACUUGAAGUAUUAAUGUUUAAUAAAAUAAAAUCGUCAAGAGAUCAAUCCUUGAAUUACAUGA